CUAUCUUAGUUUUCUCUAGCAUCUACUUGUUGCUCUUUUCUUCUUCCUCCCUUAAGUAGAAAAAACGAACCGUCGCAGCCCAGUCGCCGCCGUCCGAUCACCGUGAUCUGAAUCACUCUUUCUCUUCUGUGACAAUGGCGACUGUCAUGCAAAAAAUCAAAGACAUCGAAGAUGAGAUGGCAAGGACUCAAAAGAACAAAGCAACAGCUCAUCAUCUCGGUUUGCUGAAGGCUAAACUUGCAAAGCUACGAAGAGAACUCCUUACACCCUCAUCAAAAGGGGGAGGUGCUGUGGGUGAAGGUUUUGAUGUUACAAAAAGUGGAGAUGCAAGAGUUGGUCUAGUAGGUUUCCCUUCAGUGGGGAAAUCUACUCUUCUAAACAAAUUGACAGGGACAUUUUCAGAGGUUGCUUCCUACGAAUUUACUACAUUAACUUGUAUCCCAGGUGUGAUCGUGUAUAGAGGGGCUAAAAUUCAGUUGUUGGAUCUCCCUGGUAUUAUCGAGGGUGCUAAAGAUGGAAAGGGUAGAGGAAGACAGGUCAUCAGCACUGCUAGGACAUGCAAUUGUAUAUUGAUUGUUCUUGAUGCGAUAAAGCCAAUAACUCACAAGCGUCUUAUUGAGAAAGAGCUUGAAGGAUUUGGCAUAAGGUUGAACAAGGAACCGCCUAAUUUGACAUUCAGAAAGAAAGACAAGGGUGGUAUUAAUUUCACCUCCACAGUUGCAAAUACUCUCCUGGACCUUGAAACUGUGAAGGCAAUAUGUAGUGAAUACAGAAUUCACAAUGCUGAUAUCACUUUGAGAUAUGAUGCAACCGCUGAUGAUCUAAUAGAUGUCAUUGAGGGCAGUAGGAUAUAUAUGCCUUGCAUCUAUGUCGUGAACAAGAUUGAUCAGAUUACACUUGAAGAGCUGGAGAUUUUGGAUAAACUUCCCCAUUACUGCCCAGUCAGUGCUCACCUGGAGUGGAACCUAGAUGGUCUCCUGGAUAAGAUAUGGGAGUAUCUUGAUUUAACUCGCAUUUAUACAAAGCCAAAGGGGAUGAAUCCAGACUAUGAAGAUCCUGUAAUCCUGUCAUCAAAGAAGAGGACAGUUGAGGACUUCUGCAACCGAAUCCAUAAAGACAUGCUUAAACAAUUUAAGUAUGCAUUGGUAUGGGGAUCGAGCGUGAAACACAAGCCCCAAAGGGUUGGCAAGGAUCAUGAACUUGAGGAUGAAGAUGUUGUUCAGAUUAUCAAGAAGGUGUGAUUACAGAAUAUGGAAUUAUACUGGAACUCUCCAGUAUGCCAACAUUUUAGGAAUCCAUCGUGCCCAAUUUUCAGCUGCCAGCGAGGUUUCUGCAGCUGGAAAUGAGGUAGAAGAGACACCUGAUGUGUAAUUAUGCUGUUUUGCUGUCAAGCUCAUUUGCUUUGAUUUACUUGUAUGUUUGCUUUGUUAUGGUAGUAUUAUACUUGAAAUCUAGAACAAGUUUGAAGUGCAAAUGGCCUCGCGGGAAAAUUUUUGUUUUAACUUCUGAGAGAUUAGGCAUUGAUGACUUUGAGAGAUUAGCCCUUGUCUCACCCGUGCAUUGCCGCAAGAUGCUAAACGAGGAUACCUCCACAUUGCAGAGUGCUGAACAGCUAGGCUAUUAGCUUUUGUUUAAGAGAUCUACUUAUUUCUAUAAGAGUAAAGGCUCCUUACAACAUUUGCCAAAGGUUUCCUAAUAAGAAUAAGACAAAUCACUUUUAUCA